UAAAAUAUGUUAUACAGGCAUAGGGAGAGAAAAUGAAAGACGUGAGUAAGAGUGGGAGAAGUAAAAAGUGAGAAAGAAACAGAGUAAAAAAAAUCGUGAGAGAAAAACAGGGGAAGAAAGCGUAAAGGAUUAUGAUGUGUGUGAGAGAGAGAGAGAAAGGUUAAGAAAGAAAGAAAGACACACGGAAAGGAAAUUAUUUGAAGCGACACAUUUGUACAUUUAUUUCCAUCAUGUCAGUAGUUUUAUCAAACGUGGAAGAAAUGGAGGUAUUGGAACGCGAAAGAGAGGAGACUAAUGAUGACGGUGACGAUGAUGAUGAUGAUGGAAAUAAAAGCGCAAAUGAUAUGCAAAUAGAAGAUGGCGAAAUAGGUGGUAGGAAAAGUGAAAAUAAGAAAGUCGCACCGUGUUUAAAUCACAAUUCUGUCCGCGAUGAUGCAGAUAACGAUGAUGAUGAUAAUAAUGAUGAAAAGAUUGUCUACUCGCGUUGUUUCGGUCGAAGAUGCUACUUUGCCGAUCUUUUGUCUUAUUUUCGAAGUUCCUUAUCAACAUGCCGACAAAGCAUUGCUCAACGCUCCCGUAUUCAACUGUUUAAGUGCUUUAUUGUUUCAUUCUGCUGUUUUGGAACCAAUGUAAUGGUCAUUGGCUUCAUUUUUGCAUUGUCUAUCUACUAUGUAGAGCUGAAGCUAGCAUUUCCUAAUGAUCUGAAAUAUGUUACGUUGGCAGUUUUCUUGCCAACAGGAGUUUUUGGCUGUGUAGGUGUAAUCUCUGGAUAUAUUGUUGAAAAAUUUGGUAUUCGAUUAGCACUGGUUACAGGCAGCCUAUUACUCAGUUUAGGUAUUAUUGUAUGUUGUUUUGUACCUACUGUUCCAUAUAUUCUCUUCUUCUUGGGAAUCAUUGCAGGCACUGGCUGUUCCUUAAUAUAUAUUUCUACAAACACAGCUUUGGCAUAUCACUUCCCAAACACUGGCCGAAUUCUAAUUUCCCUCAUUACCCUUGGUGAAAGUUUCGGAUUAAUCAUCUUCCCUUCAUUUGUAUCAUAUUUGAUAGACAUCUACUCUUGGCAAGGAAGUUUACUUAUUCUUGGUGGAACUGUCCUUAAUUGUCUUCCUUUGGGUUUAAUAUUUUCCACAAAGACAGAAUAUUUUAAAAGCCGAAAACAGUCAAAGAAAGAACCAAGUAAAAAUGGCAUCAACAAAAAGAAACUUACCUCCAGAGAAAGUAGCCAAAGUCCAAUAUUGCCAACUAGCGACAGCAAUUGUAGCUGUGUGCUAGAUAGUUCAGGAACGUGUAAAGAAAACAACUGCAUACAACCAGAAGACACUCAUGAUCUGACUAUUGAAGAAAAGGAAUUAUUAUUAUGUGAGACAAAACAAAAAAUCCAUUCCACUAUCGAAAUAAACGGCAAAAACUAUCCAGAAGAGAUAAUUAAGAUUUCAGACAUUGAGAAAACACCACCACUUUACAAACAGAAUGGUAACUUGAGUUCCCAAAAUUCUACUAGCAAUUAUUCAAUCAAAAGUAACACUACAAAAAUAUCAAAUUCUCAAAUUGACAUUUCAAAAAUGCCAAAGCAAAAUAUUGUGAAAAAACUUCAGUUUCUUUUAUCAAACAAAAAUUAUGUUCUGUUUUUGUGUACUUUAUUUAUAGCUUUUGGCAAUUUGGCCACUGUAGUAACUAUAUUACCAGACUACUGCUAUUCAAUAGGGCUAUCUGUAAAACAAGGAGCAUGGAUUUUCUCAAUAGGUGCCAUUGGUGAUAUCAUCUCCCGUGUUUUGGGAUCUAUCUUCCUUUAUCUGAAGAUGCCAAGUUUGGUGAUUUUCUCAUUCGCAAUCAUCAGCUGUAGCCUGGUUAGUCUGAUUUAUCCAUUUAUAACUUCUAUUACUGCCAUAACGAUUGUAACAUUCAUAUUUAUAUUGACGUCUGGGAUAUCAUUUUCGGUUUAUACUGUCGUCGUUUUGGACUUCUUCAACUUCGAACUCUAUUCCUUAUCUACAGGCUUGUCAGAGACAGUUUCAGGAAUAGGUAUUAUUCUCAGUGGAUUUUCUGUUGGUGUUAUCACAGAAUAUAACAACAAUGACUACACCAUCAGUUUUUAUAUAGUCUCCAUCUUAAACAUUGUGUCGAUGUUACCCACAAUUCUUUAUUUCCUGUACAAGCGAAGAAGGACACAAGUUGAUACUUAACCGCAAUUUUAACAUGCAUAUUUUAUUUGUUAGUAUAUUUUGUUAUUAGUUUUGUUUUGUUUUUGAAGAAUGGUACAAAGUUUUUUUCAUUGUUAACUGAAAUUGUAAAUCUAUGCAAAGGAAGAAAUUUUUAAAUGUAAAAAUAAAAGCAAAAAAGGAAAGGAAGGAAAAUAGCAAAAUCAUUAUUAUUCAAGUAUCUGAAAGGGAAUUGAUUCCUUCUGCUACAGUCUUUCAACUCAUUAACUAGUCAUGUACUGAUACCUCUUUUCACAUAUUCUCUACUAACCCCACACAAACACACACACUCAAACAUGUGUGUGUGUGUGUGUGUAAGGCGCGGGAGUGGCUGUGUGGUAAGUAGAUUGCUUACCAACCACAUGGUUCUGGGUUCAGUCCCACUGCGUGGCACCUUGGGCAAGUGUCUUCUACUAUAGCCUCGGGCCGACCAAAGCCUUGUGAGUGGAUUUGGUAGACGGAAACUGAAAGAAGCCCGUCGUAUAUAUGUAUAUAUGUGUGUGUGUGUAUAUGUUUGUGUGUCUGUGUUUGUCCCCCCAACAUCGCUUGACAACCGAUGCUGGUGUGUUUACGUCCCCGUAACUUAGCGGUUCGGCAAAAGAGACUGAUAGAAUAAGUACUAGGCUUCUAAGGAAUAAGUCUUGGGAUCGAUUUGCUCGACUAAAGGCAGUGCUCCAGCAUGGCCGCAGUCAAAUGACUGAAACAAAUAAAAGAGUAAAAGAGAGUAAAGAGUAUAUAUAUAUAUUUAUAUAUAUAUAUAUAUAUAUAUAUAUAAGUUCAAAAAAAGACAAAAAACAACAACGUGAGAACGUGAUACAGAUUGUGUUACAAGAUGCUCGGGAAAGGAAAGAGAGAGAGUAUGACGUUUCGAGCGGAGCUCAGCACUAACAUAGCCUUACCUGCCACCUUGGAUCUUCUGGAUACCAAUACCUCUCAUAUCAUCAUCAUUAUUUAACGUCCGCGUAUAAAAUGUUUGAAAAGAAUUCUUGAUAUAGUCCACUAAUUUGAAGAAAGAUUUUCUUAAAUUUAAAAACAGAACAGCAUAAAUCUUUUGGAAAAAAAUUUUUGUAUUAUGUUUAAAUGUUUUCACUGUUUACAGUUUUUCAGCCACAAUUGUUAUGGAGUAAAUCAUAUUGACAGAGUUGUUUUUAAUAUUAGUGCUAUUUCUGGUUUAGUUUUAGAUUUAGAAUCCUUAAACAGUAGUCUUCUUUUUACUUUCAUAGCUGAUCAUUUUCUUCCUUUAUUUUGAAAAACAGAAAUAUUUUGAAUUUAUUUAUUGCACACAUGUUUAGAUAUUCACAAGGAAUAUUUUGAUUUGUUGUUUAUGUACUCUCACUCAUUCAUUAUGAUCCCAUUUGGCCAAUAUAAUUUUUAUUGCAUAGUAGGUACAUGAUGCAGUAAAUUAAAUAUAUUGUUUUGCACUUCAUGUCUGCAUUUACCUUAAAUUCCUUCCUUUUCUUGAAUUAUUUGAUUGUUCUCCGUUCAGUUAUUUUAAAUGUCCUACAACAAAGGUCUCUAUAGUUUGUUACCUGCAUUAUUUGUUCUGAUGUGAAUCUCACCUUUCUUAAGAGUCUUUCGAAAUUUGAUGAUUGUCUUCAAUUGAUAGUAAUUAGUGAUUCUUUAAUCCAUUAGUAUUCAGAUUACUCUGUGAAAUGUAAUGCUUUUUUAUUCAAAUUGUUUGAAUUAAUCAUGCAUUAUCUUAUAACUUUGAGGUUUCUAUGAUGUGAUUGUUUAUUUUUAGAAUGCUAGUGUAGGUUAGGUGUGAGAGGUUAGCUAUGGCCAAUGUGAAUGUAAAAACAUGUAGAAUGUUUGUGUUAGAUUUGGCCAGCUUAAAUGCUGAAGGGUUAAGAUCAACACUAAUUAAAUUUUAAAUAAAAUGCCUAAGUACACAACUAAUAAAAUCAUAAAAUUCACUGAGUAAAAUAUCAAUGUACAACUCUUAACAUUGAACUGUUUUCAGUGACUAACGACAAAACAGCUGAUACUCCCCAACUUGUCAUGUUUGGUGUGCUAACAGUGCCUGACUUCAGUUUUGUUUCUGACUUCUAAAAGUAUAUUAUUAGUUUUGAAAACAAAUUAAGAUCAAAGUUAUAUGAUGAUAUUGUAAAAAAAAAAUUAGUUUUAAUUUAGGUUUAAUGUCUAACUUCUUGUCAUGAAAAACAAACAUGCAACCAUGCUGUCAAAGCUGUCACACACACUUUGCCAUUAAUUUUUGUCAUUCUCCCCAUUACCCUACAAUACACCCAGUACUAUAUUAUGAUACAAUGUGCUGUGAGGUGUGAGGACACUUGCCACCAAAUUUCAAGCAGAGGUAUAACAAAAGUUUUCCCUUAUGAUUUGUGAUUAAAUUAAUGAGUGAGGUUAAUACUUAUAAUGAAUUUGCCAUUUUCAGUGGGUGUGCAGCACACACCUAGCACACCUGGAACAUAUGCCUCUAACACACACACACACACACACACACACAUAUAUAUAUAUGGCAGUGCUUCAACAAAUAGGAAAGCAUUUAACCAGCUAAGAGAGCAAAGAUAAUCUUAAACAAAAACCCCAUAAAUUUUGCAAAUAACUACCCAAGGUUUCCUGGUCAAAAUAAUAAUUUAUUUCCCCAUUUAUCAAACUGAAAGCAAGACUUACCUGCUAAAAAAAACAACUUGCAAACAGUCUUUGCAAAAGAAAAGAAAAAAAAAAGAAAAAAAAAGGGGACUGUAAUUACAGUUCACUUUAAUACAUAAAUAAACCUGGAUACAAAGAGGCAAGAGGGGAAGUAUGAGAUUGUCCUCCAUUGCCAGCCAUGAGGAAUAGUCUUAAAUUGAUAAUGGUGGCUAGGGUAACCACCAAUCAGCAAACAGAAACAUGAAGAAACCAUAUUCACAUCAACAUAUAUAAAUGAAUCACUUCACAGAUUUGUAGAAGUUCAGACAUUAACAACACAGUGGUAUGGAUGUCGAGCCAUGAGAUAAAACAUUUAUUUUCACUUGACUAUAUAUUUUGUAUAUGUGUAUGUAUUUAUGUAUAUAUAUACCUCCACAGUUUGAAGAGGUAUAUGCCCUUUGCCAUUAGGGUCUGACAAGCCAUCCAUAAAGCUAAGUGCUUCAUGGAUGCAAAAUCAUUAGCCACUCUAUGACCAGAUAUAUACUUAACUGCAUAUAUGUAUAUAUAUAUAUAUAUAUAUAUAUGAAGCAGAAAGUGAAACUUAUUUGUGUAUAUUAAUUAUAUGCAUAUAUAUUUAUUUAUUUAUUCUUUUACUUGUUUCAAUCAAUGAACUUCAGCAAUGCUGGGGCACUGCCACUAUGUGUGUGUGUGUGAUUAUAAGUGUCAAUGUGUCUAUGUAUAUGGGUAUAUGCACACGCACACAAUAUAUAUUUAUGUAUAUAUUAUAAAUAUAUUACAUAUAUUUUGUGAUCACCAUCAUUAUUUAACAUGUUUCCUAUACUGUACACGCAAUUUAGAAAGCAUGUGGUUUAGUGGUUAGAGUCUUCAGCUCUCAAUCCUAUGGUCAUGAGUUCAGUUCCUGGUGGCAUAUUGUGUUCUUGAACCAGACACUUUAUUUCAUGCUGCUCCAGUCCACUUGGCUGGCAAAAAUUAGUAGUACUUGUAAUUCAAAGGGCCAGCUUUGUCACAUUUUGUGUCAUGCUGAAUCUCCUUGAGAACUACAUUAAGGGUAUACAGAAUACCAGUGUAGACACAGUAUGUCUGAAUAUUUAAGAACUUCAUUUCCUAAUCAUAAGAUCUUGGUGUUGAUUCUACUGCAUAUCAUCAUCAGCAAAUGUCAUUUUCUACAACCCUACAACCAAGAUCUUCUGAGUGAAAUUGGGAAGACAGAAUCUGUAUAGGAGGCCGUCAGGUGGGUUCUAUUUGUAAUUCAAAAGUCCAGCCCUUAUCACACUUUGGGUCAUCUUGGUUGUACCUGAGAAUGACAUGAAAGAUUCACACGUCCGAAUACACAAGGUCAGAAAAUUUGACCUGCAAUCAUGUUAUAUGCUUAGUAUUUUUAUAUAAUAUAUCUAUAUUAUCAUCAUCACCCAUCAUCAUCAUCAACAUCUUUCAAUUUCCUUCUUUGAUCCUGACUUGGGUUGGGUGAGUCAGCAGGAUCUAUCUGGUAGAGGAAUGUGUCAUACUUUGAGAUACUAACAGCUUUUUAACAUUAGGUACACAGCUCAACAAGACCCUGAAAUUAUAUGCUGAUUGAAUGUUUUCCUAUACCUAUGAUCCAAUAUAAAUUUCUUAUCCACUAAUCUAAGAAAGACCCCUCUCAUGCAGGUUUUCACAUUGAGUGAGACUGUGGGUAGAGUGGCAAACUAAAUGACUGUGGAAGUACUUUCCCUUGUGGGCAUUAGGGCAGGGUGUAUAAGUGAUGCAGUCCUUAAAUCCAUUUUCUGCCAGAGCCUUGUUAUAAAAGAAGGUGGCUGUAUCAGGGAAAUCUUUAUUUGUGGAAAAGUUCAAAAUCUUCGCAUUGACAGUCUUUAAAUGUUAUUGGAAGGUUGCAGGAGGCUGUGUUGAUGAGCAAGUCUUUCAUUUGGUUUGCAGUUGGGCCUGUAUUAACCAGUGCUUCAUUUGAAUGUUACAUCUAAGAAAUUAACUCUGGUCUUAAUGGUAACACUAAGCUGUAAGAAGUUAUGAGUGCAGAUCAGGUCUUUCCUGAGCUUAUCCAAAGUGAACCUGUUCAUGCCUCUCAAGAUAGUUAAAUCGAUGUCACUAUCAUCACUAAAAUGUCAUCACAUCCUUUUUAUCUCUGAUUAAUAGCAUGGCAUAGAUUAACUUGAAAUUUUGAGGGGUGCUUUUUGUUUUAAAUUUGGUCUGUGUGGGUCUUACUAUAUCCUCAGACUCUAGAGAUGCCAUGUUGUUUGUUGUCUCAACUGCCAUUUAUUAUUUUUUUUCCUAGUCUUCAUCUCCAGAAGGGAGAAACAGAUGACCUAAUUAUUCACAUGGCCCAACAUCAAUAUAAUGUACACCUUCUUACACUUAUACAGCUCAACUAUUAACAGGAUAAGUAAUUCUAACAGACAAGGUGCAGAGGUCCAUGGCAAUAAUUGCCACUUGUGAAUAUAAGAGUUAUCUUUCUGCUUAAUAGUCUCAUCAUGUAUUUGCUCAACUUCAUUUAUCACCAGUAACCUUUCCAGUCCGAAGUAAAGAGCAAACUGCACCAAAGCUUGAAUUUGCCUAGGAGCCAUGCUUUGUGAAACAUCAAGAAUCUGUUUCCACCAUUUUGUACAUUUUGAUCCCCUUAUCUCUGUUGUUAAAUAAUCCAUAUUACAGUUUCCCCAGGCAUUUCACUGUCUCUCUUGUUAUCAUAAACCUGACUUCUGCAUUUUCAUACUUCACUUCUUUCUGCUUUCUUUUCAUAAGAGUUACAUUACACACUUACUUUACUUUUAAAUACACUUUUGCUCAGUUUAUCGACUCGUCCUAAUCCAGUCUGCACAGGAUUUCAUCAUUGAAUACUUCUUCUUUGCCAACAAUGCUACAUCAUCCAUUCUUUAAGUAGCAGAUCUUUAUCUUGUGGCUGUGGUCCAUUGUUCCUUGUAGGACGACUUCCAUUCAAAGUAUCAACCAACCAACUGACAAUGUGCACUUAGCUGCAGUUCUUACUUCCAACUUGUCCCAAGUCAUUAUGUAUUUUUUGUGGCAAAGAACAUAUAGAAUUUACUAUAAUAAUAAUCCUUUAUUGAUCUUCUGAUUUCAAGCAAAAUCCAGAACAGCUCGACAGCAUACUGAAACAGUUUGUGUAGAAUGUGUAGAACUGACCCAAAAUCAUUUCUCAGGUUACUUUUCUCCUCCUUUGUUGUUUGUAUGACAUUCCAUAGUUGCAUAUUGUAUACAAUCUGAUAUAUUUGGGAUUCCUAUUGAUACAGAAACCAUUUUCUAACAGAAAUGUAAUCAUUUGUAUAGCAAUAAUGCUGAGGAAUAUUUAUCCUUUAACUUUCAUUUGAGAAAUUGGUUUGAAUUAGUUAAAAGUUGAUGGGUUCUGUUCUUUAAGAAGGUGGAUGACUUCUAGUCUUUCCCAGCAAUCCAUAAUCUUCUCUUUUUAAACUAGUCAAAGAAUGAAAAAUAGUUUGUUGCUCAGAAUGGAAUAUUUCUAUAUAGCACUCCAUCCUGGUCUGGCACAUGCUUCAGUCAUAUCUUUUUGAUUAAAAAAAAAACUGAAGUUUUUUUUCAUUCAAAGGUAUCUAAAGUCAAAUUUUCCUCCAGCUACUGUCACUUUCAGUAUCUCUUGCAUUGCUGGUGUAGUGGGUAUCUUGAAGAUUACCAUUAUACAUAAUACAGAAGUGGGUCUUCAGCUCAUCCCUUCUACUGGUCAGGUGACCAUUUCUGCUCUCCUGAAACAACCCAUUUGCAUACUUGCAUUUGCAUAUUCAAUGAACCCUAUUACUUGAGCCUUCCUCUUUCUUGAUUCACACCAACUGACAGUGGCAUUUCUUAACAUCAUCAUACAGCAUUUUCAAAGGUACCUUUUCUUCUUCCCUUGCUUCAGUCCAACUACUCAUCAAAGGUUUCUUCCUCCUGGACUCCUCUUCAUAUUACCUCUUGGCACUUUAUUUCUACCAUUUCCAUUUUAUGUGCCAAACAUUUCCUCGCCUGUGUAACAGAUUAUAUCAAUGAGUACUUGAAGCUCUUCUUCCACCAAAAAUCAAUUCUUCCUAAUUUUUGUUUUCUUCAUUACAGCAUUUUUGAACUCUUUGUAGAUUAGCAAUCCAUCUGCUUUAAACCAUCUUAUCUUCACUUGCUGGCCCCAAACACUCUUUUGCAGGUGCAUUGACUUUACCUCUGUGGCUUGCCUUCUUGCAACCAUCAAUGCUUAUCAUCUGAUUCACAUUACAAUUUUGUGUGCAUCAGUCUGAAUUCCAGUCAGAUUCCUGGCCAAACAGGACAUCUCAAUGUUUCUCUGUUGCAAAAAUUUUGCCCAGUGAGGCAUCUGUUAUGGUCACAGGAACAAAACUAAAUUCCUUUGUUACUGUCACAUGAAUAUGUAUCCCUUCUUUCCACCCCUUUCAUUAAUACUCUUCCUUAGGCGGUGGUAAGGUAAUCUUCCUCCAGUCAGGAUCCUAUACUCAUUAUCAAAUACUAAGAGCAAGUACAGGUAUUUGAAUAUGGCUUGUGCGGGUGGCACAUAAAA